AUGCGUAAUCAACGAAAAUUAACGCAUGCCCUCUCUCGUUAUCAUCGUGAACAUCCUAAGGGAAAACUUCAUCCACAUUUCACUCGUUUAAGUUUCCCACCUCAGACAAAUAAUAAAUCAUAUAUAUUAAAAGAUACAGAAGCUCAAGUACUAAAUCUAGGACCAAAAUUUGUCCCACCAGCACCUGAACAAGUUCUAGAAUGUCUUCCAAAAGAAAUAGAGACCAUGAAAGAAAAAGUAUCAGAAGCAUGGAGAAAAGCAACAAAGACAAUAAGAAGAGAACCACCGAUAGUAAAAAAGUUUUGCGAACGAAUUGAAAAUGAAAUAAGAAAGACCGUAGAGACAGAAAGACCAGUAAAUCCUAUUUUAAAAUCAACAGUAACAUUAUUUCAAAAACUCCAAAAACAAAAGAAAGUAAUAUUUAGACAAACAGACAAAUCAAAAGUCUUCCAUAUAGAUAACCCAGAAAACUAUAUAGAAAAAUCAACAGCAUAUAUGUCAAGAACGAAUGCAUAUGUAGAGAUAUCUGCAUCACCACUUAGAGAAACGAUUGAAAAAACAGAUAAAUUCCUACGAAAUUUAGUUACAAAGAAAAAAAUGCCACAAUAUAUGUUAAAUAGACUACGACCAUCAUUAACAGAAUCAGAACUACCUCAUUUAUAUUAUAACCCAAAGGACCAUAAAAUUGGUGAACCACUCAGACCUAUAGUUAGCGGAAUGAAAUCUCCUUUAUCAAAAAUAUCAAGUUUUCUGGAUCGACUUAUUCGACCCCUCUUUGAUAAACAUACCCCAUACGCACUAUCCAACUCAAUGAUGUUUCUAAAACAUCUGAACCAAUAUAAAACAACAUCAGAAACAAAUCUAUAUACAUUUGAUAUAACAGAUUUGUACACGAUGAUACCUCAGAGAGAAGCAGUACUAACCAUAAGCGAAUUCCUAGGCAGACAUGGGUACAAAAAAAUACAAGGACUAGCAAUCAACACAAUAAAAGAAAUGUUUAUGCAUAUAUUAGAGAACUCAUAUUUUGUUUUGCAAUUGCCAGGACAAAAACCAAAAUUUUAUCGACAGGUAAAAGGAGGAGCGAUGGGUUCAGCAUGUACGCAAGUACUUGCCGACAUAUAUGUACGAAAAUGGGAGAGCGAAUUCGUACAACAACAAGAACAACAAGGGGAAUUGUAUCUACGUUUUAGAGAUGAUGUAUUCUUAACUACAAGAUUACCACAAGAACAAGUAGAACAAAUUUUAUCAGAAAUGAAUAAGAAAGACCCUAAUAUAACCAUUACAUGGGAAGGAGGAAAAACAGUGGACUACUUAGAUGUAACGACUACAAUAGAGAUCCAGAGCUUUAGAACAAAAGUGUUCCGGAAACUUGCAGCGCAACCAUAUGUACUCCCAUUUUGCUCAUCUCAUCCAAUACACAUCAAAAGGAACAUACCGUAUGCAGCAGCUGUAAGAGCCACACGUAUAUGUUCACAUCCGGAAGAUCUGCGAGAUGAAUUAGAAAAAAUUAGAAUCACAUUACUCCUGAACAAAUAUCCACCUAGAUUUAUCGAUAGACAUAUGGAGCGAUUCUUUCAAGAUAUAACUGAACAGCGAACUCCAGAAUUACUAUUAGGAGAGAAGCAUCCCAUCUAUAGGAGACAGAUGUUAGAACCGGAAUGGAACAAAAAAGAAAAAAGAAAGAUAGAAUUUGGCAGGGACAUCCUACUUCAUUUCACAUACACACCAUCAUUAGCACAUUUCGGCGCUCGUUUUCAUCAAAUAUGGCAAGAGAUAUUCGAAGAUACACCUCUAGACGAUAUACCAGUGAUGUAUGCUAACAGGGUGUCAGAUAGUCUAAGACACCUCCUAGUAAAGAAACGACCUAGCAAAGAAGCCAUCAAACUAUUACCAUAAUCAAUAAAUAAAAACAGAGAAUAAAAUAAAAAAUAAAAAAUAAACACCUCUAUCCAAAAGAACUAAAAAAAGUAAAAUAAAAAUAAAUAAGACAGAACUAUUGAGGAAGAAGGGACAAACAACAGGAAAAAAAGAAAAAAUGAAAAAUAAAAGACAAAAAUAAAAAACAAGAUAAAAUAAAAAUAUCAAUAAAAAACGAAAAACGAUAACUAAAAUGUAAUAACACCAUCUUCCUUCCUCAACCAAUUGUAACCAUCUAUUGUUUAAUCAUAUCAACUAACUUACUACCUCAUUGUCUCUGAUCAUUUCAUAUUUUCUUAUUUUUUAUAAUCUAAUUUAUUUUUCUACUGUCUAUUGAAAAAAACUUUUUCAUUUAUACUUCUUAUUUUUUCUUACUUUUUUCUUCCUAUAUCUUAAUUCUAUUUUCUACUAUCAAUUAUAAAAAUAUUGUCUAAUUAUCCUUCCCACUUAAUGUAAAAUAUAUUUCUAUUCGUCUAGCCUAAUUUGUUUUAUACUGAUUAUUGUAAAAAUACUUUCUAUCUACACUUCUUAUUUCUCUUUCUCUAUCCUAGUUUAUUUUCUACUAUCAAUUGUAAAAAUAUUUUCUAUUUAUCCUUCUCACCUAAUGUAAAAUAUAUUUCUAUUCGGAUAUCCAUUCUCAUAACAUUUAUUGUAAACAUUAUUGUAGAAAUGUUUCCUAUAUACAUCCAUCCUCAAAAUAUGUUUCCAUAAUAAUGUUUAUAACCAAUCGCUCUUCUUAUAUUCAUCCUGUCGAUUGUAAAAAUGUCUCUUUUCGUAUCCAUGCCCACCUUUAUUGUAAAAAAUACCUAUUCCUCCAGUCAAGAUACUGAUUCAUGAAUCUCAUCCGCACCACACCAAAACAAAAAACGAAUUAUUAGAAUAAAAAAUUAUAAAACUCGAAAUGCAUUAAAAUAAAAAAUCAUAAAAAUCAAAAUGUGUUAUAAUGAAUUACUAAAAAAUUGUCAAAACAGUCCAACAGAGAUAAAAAUAAAUUACAAUAAAUUAUAAUACAUGUAGAUCGUUAAAAAUUACAAAAUCUAUCAAAACAACCCACCACAAACAAAAAUGCAUUAUAAUGCAUUAUAAUAAAUGAUUAACGAUUAAAUAUUAAAAUUAACCAAGACAACCCAUCACUAACAAAAAAGGAAAAAUACAUUAUAAUGAAUUAAAGCAGAUUAUUAAACACUAAAAAACUCGUCAAAACAAUCAACUGCAAAUAAAAAUGCAUUAUAAUGAAUUAUAACAGAUUAAUAAAAAUUAAUAAAAACAACUCAAUGCAAUUAGAGAUGCAAUUUAAUACAUUAAAGAAGAUCAUUAAAAAAGAGAUUGUUGCAAAUAAAAUCCCUGGAAAUAAAAAAUUUCUUGAAAUGCAUCAUUGGACUUUAUAGAAAACCCAUAAUGAAAGAAAAAAUUAUAAUGAAGAAUAACCUGACAACCAAAAAUGCAGUACAUGCAAGAUAUCCAUAACAUCGCUUGACAAAGAAUGAUUCGAAAGGCCUCGCGUUAUCCUCAUACUCUAUUUAAUUAUUUAUUUUUCUCUUUGUCUUUUCUCUUUUUCUCAUAUUUUUUUUUCUUAUUAUCUUUAUUUUUCUCUUUUCUUAAAAAUAAUAAAAUUAGUUUACAAAAAAAAAAUUAAAAAACAAAUUGUAUUAAUAUUUAUCAUAUUUAUUGUUAUUUUCUUCUUUAUUAUACAUUAACAAAACAAGUUUCUUAUUUAUACAUAUACAUUUAGUAUCGCUAUGUAAGUAAUUAAACCGAAUAUACUAACAAUGAUUAACGAUUGGUUAUGUUUUCAUCUCAUUUUGUACGGUUUUUAAUGAUAUAAAGAACGAAAAGACAUUUCGAUCACUGUCGAAUUCAUCAGAAAUGUAGAUCUUUCAUCCUUUGAUAACGUGUAUUACUUAGAAAUUCUUCUCUGAAAAAAAAGAUCUUACAAAAGUAAGAUAUAUCCUUAUAACUGACCUAAAAAUUUUACAAAGAUCAAUAAAUUCUGUAUUAACUAAAUCUUUUAAUUCACAAGUAACGUUCGUCGGCUCGACUCACUUGACCCUCGACUGUUUACGACAGAAGUAUACUGCACAUGUGAGUAUCAAAAGAAUAGAUCUACUAGUCUCGUCACAAUAACUGACUCAAACUUAGAUUUCUCGAAUCGUUAAAAUCGAAGAAACUGAUCGGGCUCUUUGAUAACUAGCCUUGUCCG